AUGACUGAGAUUCUUUCUCGUUCGACAACUAAAACAGUACAAAUAUCCGAUGUUCCAUUAACACAUUAUCUUGCCGUUGAAGGUUCAAAUAUAGAACCAGAUUCUCAACAAUUUGGCUUAGUUGUUCCAUCAAAAAGAAAAAUUUCAGACACAAUUUCAACUUAUAUUAUUUGGUCAAUAUUUUAUUUGUUAUUUAUUCCAUUCGGUAUAGUUUGUUGUUAUCUUCCAUAUAAAGUUAGUAAUUUUAAAACACUCAAUUCUUAUGAAAUAGCAGAACAAUGGUCAAAACGUACAUUUGUACUUAAUAUAAUGAUAACAAUACUUAUGUUUUGUAUAACUAUUACUGUUGCUAUGUUACAUUAUGACUAUGAACAACGAAUGACAAACUUUCAUGUCAAUCAAACACAUGCGACUGGAGCUUAUAUUCCAUGGCAACCGGGACGUUAA